AAAAAUUGCAACUUCAAUCUUCAAUCUUCAAUCUUCAAUCUUCGAUCUUUUCUUGGUUUUUUCUCUUAUUCGUCAACCUUUCCUCACUUCAUUUUGGUCUCUCCGAACUCCGAUAAUGUCUUGGCUUUCAAUUCCGCUCCCGAAUCCCUUCAAAGCCCAGCUUUCAGAUGAUGAAGAGAAUUCAGCAGGGAAAGAAGAAGUGGGAGGAGGAGAAGAAGAAGAGAGUUCCUCUAAUGGCGGCAGAGUGAAAGAGGACCUAUCUGAUCUGGGGAAAACCAUUGGUCGGCAAUUAUGGGGAGUCGCCUCUUUCCUUGCUCCUCCUCCCGUCAGCUCUUCUUCUGAGGAUCCCUUGGGUCCCACUUCCACCACCAGCGAUUCUUCUUCUCAGACACUUCUCGGUAUUCGCAAUGAUUUCGCGGAGAUAGGUGGCAGCUUCAAGUCUGGGCUUUCUUUACUCUCCACCAACAAGGCUGUUAAUGAGAUCUCUCGCUUGGCCUCCAAUUUCUUGCAGUUCCCCAAGGACGGUGAUGAUGAAGAAGAUGGGGAUGUUGAUGAGUCUUCUGUGGAGGAUCACGGUGGCGAAAUCGUUGGUGUUACUGAGGAAGUUUUGGAAUUUGUUCGAGAGAUGUCACUUCGACCUGAAUGUUGGACGGAUUGCCCCCUUUCCCUUGAUAAUGAUUUUGAAAUGUCUGAAGCGCAACUGGAACAUGUUUCUACUGUUGAAGACUUGGCUCCAAGCUUGGUGGCUCUUAGGGUUAGCCUUUGCCCAAGUCACAUGAAUGAGGGACAAUUUUGGUUGAUAUAUUUUAUUCUGUUGUACCCAAGGCUGAAUGAACAUGAUUCCAAGCUUCUAUCAACUUCACAGGCAAGACUUCGUCUCUCUCUCUCUCUCUCUCUCUCCCUAUAUAUAUAUAUAUAUAUAUAUAUCUUAAACCUAGCAGGAAAAAAGAAGAUACUAAUUCCAAAGAUGGCAGAAACUGAAUUCUAGUCCUCCCUGGAUCAA